GGGCCGCCACCCCGGGCAAAGGCGACCGUGGGGUGGCGGCCCGGCCGCGGAGGAGGAGGAGGAGGAGGCGGAGAGGCCCGGCGCGGCAGGAGGCGGGUUUCCCCGCCGCACCUGGGCGCAGCGCCGAGCACCGAGGCACAGCACGGAGCACCGACAGCCGCCCGGCACGGAGCAUGGCGCGGGAGCUGAGCCAGGAGGCUGUGCUGGACUUCCUCUGGGCGGCCGGGGGGCGAGCCCCCAACACGGCGCUGCUCCGCCACUUCCAGCGCUUCCUCCGCGACCCGGCGCUGACGGAGCAGCAGCGGCGGGAGCGCCGCGAGUACUUCAAGAGCCUCGUCAACUCCCUGGCCACCGUCCACCCCGCCGCCGCCCCCGGCGCCUCCAAGGACAUCGUCCUCCGCCGCAGGUACCGCGACCUCCUCGAUGAGGAGCUGCCGCCGCCGGAGGAGCAGCGGGAGCAGGAGGAGGAAAAGAAGGAGCCGCCGCCGCCCCGACGCGACCCCGAGGGGCGGCGGGCCCCCCACGGGGAGGCGGCGGAGCAGGGGCGGCCCGGCGGGGCGGGGGGCUGCUCGGCCCGGGGCCGCGGCGGGCCGUGCUGCGAGUGCCGCCGGGCGCGCCGCGCUGCCGCCGCCGCUGCCGCCGCUGCUGCCGCUGUCCCCGCGCCGGGCCCCGGGCCCCCGGCCGCCCCCCGGCCGCCCCGCUGCCGCUCCCCGCCGCCCCCGCCGCAGCCGCCCCCGUACCGGAGCCAGCCGCUGUCCGCGGGCCCCUGGCCGCUCCGCCCCGCCGGCACAGCGCGCCCCCGGCCCCCGGCGCUGCCGUCGGGUCCCGGGGCGCUGUCCCCCGCUGCGCCGCCCCGCUCCCUGUCCCCGCCGCCGCCUGCCACAGCGUCCCGCUCCCGGACGCCACCGCUGCCGCCGGUGCAGAUGCCGCCUCCCUACAGGUUUCCUCAGCCCCCCGAGAUGCUGCCUCCCUACAGGUCACCUCAGCCCCGAUCUCCGCCGCAGCCUGCGACCGGGAUGCCCUUGCUGAAGGCGCCACGGCCCGCGCCAAGCCCGGGGAGACGAACCCCCGCCGGAGCCCCCCAGUCCCCGCCGCUGCCAUCGGGCCCCAAGGCGCUGUCCCCCCGCGACCUGUCCCCAUCCCGAUCAUUGCCGCUGCUGUCCGCCCCGGAGGUGCUGCCCCUGUCCCGGUCCCUGCAGACACUCCCUGCCAGCCCCUCCUCAUCGCCACUGCUUUUAUCGGGCCCCGAGGCGCUCGCUUCCACCAGGCUGCCCGCAUCGCAGUCCAGGUCCCUGCAGCAGCUCCCCACCAGGCCAUCCCCAGACUUGCCCAGGGGAUCCAGGGGGCUGGCCCCCAAGGGAUCAACCCAGCCUCAAGUCCUGCGGCUGUACCCGUCUCAAAGCCUGACACUGCCCUCAGGUCCCGGGAUCCUGCCCCUCAGCGGGCCCCCCCCACCCCAAUCGCUGCCACAGUCCGCCACUCUCCCAUCCGCAUCCCUCUCCCUGAAGCCGCCCCUUGCCCGGUCACCCCCACGCCAGUCCCUGCUGCCCGCACAGGGCCCCGCCGUGCCCCCAGCCGCAGAGAGCCAGCCCCCAGCCCCGCUGCCCGUUUUCCGGAGCAUCAGGUGCCAGCUCGCCCUGUCGGAGGCGCAGGGCGCGGCUCCGUCGCUGCACGAUGACUGCGGGCGGCAGCCCCGCUCCCUGCUCCCCAAGAACUCCCCUAGGAAUGCCGCAAGCCGAGGGCCCCUGGUGCCGCUGGCACAGCGGGAGCACGCCUGGCUGGUGGCGAUGUCCACGGGCUGCUGGGCUCAGCUGCGGGGGCUCUUCCUGGAAGAGCCCGAGCUGGCCCUGCACAGGGACUUCAUCUCAGGCUUCACGGUGCUGCACUGGCUGGCCAAGCACGGCGACGGGCCGGGCCUGCAGGAGCUGGCGGCGGCGGCGCGGCACGCCGGGCUGGCCCUGGACGUGGACGCCCGCUCGGGCUGCGGGUACACGCCGCUGCACCUGGCUGCCAUACACGGCCACCAGCUUGUCAUCAAGGUGCUGGUGCUGCAGCUCGGCUGCCAGGUGCAGGUGCGGGACGGCAGCGGGCGCCGGCCCUGGCAGUACCUGGGCAGCUCCACCUCGGGGGAGAUCUGGCAGCUCCUGGAGGCCCCCCGUGGCACAAUCAUGUUCCCCACGCAGCCCCUGGCCCGCAGCGUCUCCUCUGCCAGCAAGGUCUCGCCGUCCACCGGCAGGGCAGCGCUGCCUGCCUGCCUCCGGGUGCCGCUCGGCCGUGGGGCGGUGUCCCACCAACCCGGCAGUGACAGUGACUGUGACUGAGCAGCUCCCUGGCAUCCCCGGCCAGCGGAGAUGGGGCCUUGGUGGCCACCCUGCGAGAGGAAGCCACGCAGGCAGAACCAAAGCUGUGAAACAGACCGAACCUACUGAAGAAUGUACGUUUAAAUUAUUCUAAUGAACAGUUGCCUGAGCCUC